AUGAGCGACAAUGAAUUCGAUCAAAUCUCAGAAGAUAACAAGAGUGAUACAAAUGAUAAUCCUGAAAAUGUAAACCAGCAAUAUGAAGAACAAGAAGAAGACGCAGAAAAUGGUACAAGUUCGGAACAAAACUUACAAAAUAAAAAUAUUCCCCAAAAUGCAGAAUCUGGUGAUACAAAUAUUAAUCAAAUCCCUCGUAAUGUUCCAAUAAAUGCGCAAAACUUACCCCAUGGAUUUCCAAACAUGCCACCUCCUAUCCCUGGGUUACCACCACCGAACGCCCCUGGUAUGGUACCUCCGAACAUUCCCGGAAUGCUGCCUCCAAACAUCCCAGGCAUGCCACCUAAUAUGCAUAACAUGCCACUUAUGAUGCCCCCAAUGAAUUACAUGAUGCCUCCAAAUAUGAACCACUUUCUUCCGCCCAAUAUGAUGAAUUUUCCACCACCUCCAUUUAUGAUGAAAAAUAAUCAAAUGAAAAAUCCAAAUUAUAUGAACAAUCAAAAUAUGUAUGGUCAAGGCAUGGAAGGUGGAGCCCCAAUUAAUAAUAGACCUCCAUACAUACAAGGAAGUCCAGGAUUAAAUAAUCCUCCAUUUUUUAUACCUCCAAAUGUUCCAUAUAUGCCUGGCUACAUGAAAAUGGGCAAUAACGAAAAUGAAAACAAUAUGAUGGGGCCCAACAAUUUACAAAACCCUAAUAUGGAUCCUAAUCAACAAGAACAAGGCUUUUAUCCAUUUAGUAAUAAUGCGGACGGUGGUGAUGCAAAUCAAGACAAUAAUAAUGGCGAAGAUGAUAAUCAAAUGGGUAAACAAAGGGGGGGGAAACUGAAUUAUCAGAAUAAUUAUGAAGGUGAAAAUUAUGAUGAUCACUACACAUUUAAGAGUAAUAUUGUAGGAGGAGGGAAAGGACAUCAUAUAGCAGACGAAUCUUUAUAUGGAACUCAAGAGUUUUCCAUAAUUAAAGAAAAGGCAAGAAGAUGGAGAAUGCUAAACAGUAAAAAAUAUUCUAAAAAAAAAAAGUAUGGUGUUGUUGAAGAAAAAGAAGAAAUGCCUUGUGAACAUUUAAGAAAAAUAAUAAAAGAGCAUGGUGAUAUGAGUAAUAAAAAAUAUAGAUAUGAUAAAAGAGUAUAUUUAGGUGCCCUUAAAUAUAUACCCCAUGCAGUUUUUAAAUUAUUAGAAAAUAUACCAAUGCCAUGGGAACAAAUUAAAAAUACAAAAGUUAUUUAUCAUAUAACAGGAGCUAUAACAUUUGUAAAUGAAACUUUUGUUGUUAUAGACCCAUUAUAUAUUGCCCAAUGGGGUACAAUGUGGAUUAUGAUGAGAAGAGAAAAAAGAGAUAGAAAACAUUUUAAAAGAAUGCGGUUCCCACCAUUUGAUGAUGAAGAACCACCAUUAGACUAUGCAGACAAUAUUUUAGAUAUAGAACCAUUAGAAUGUAUACAAAUGAAAUUAGAUAAAGAUGAAGAUAAAAGUGUUAUAGAUUGGUUUUAUGAUUCAAAACCAUUAUUAUAUGAUAAAACUCAUAUUAAUGGUACUAGUUAUAAAAAAUAUAAAUUAUCAUUAGAGCAAAUGGGGGUAUUAUACAGAUUAGGAAAUCAAUUAUUUAGUGAUUUUCAAGAUGAUAAUUAUUUUUAUUUAUUUAACUUAAAAUCAUUUUAUACUGCUAAAGCUUUAAAUAUGGCAAUCCCAGGGGGUCCGAAAUUCGAACCCUUAUACAGAGAUAUAUAUGAAGAUGAUGAAGAUUGGAAUGAAUUUAAUGAUAUAAAUAAAAUUAUUAUUAGACAACAAAUUAGAACAGAAUAUAAAAUUGCAUUUCCAUAUUUAUAUAACAAUAGACCAAGAAAGAUUGCUGUAAGUAAAUAUCACUCACCUAUGUGUGUAUAUAUCAAAUUAGAGGAUAUCGAUUUACCUCCUUUUUACUUUGACCUUAUAAUUAAUCCCAUUCCUUCUUAUAAAAUUAGAAAAGUAAGUAAAAUGGUAAAGGAUAAUCCAUACUUUGAAAAGUUUUCUUUGACAUUUACAAGAAGAAAAUUCUUUUACGAGGAAUCUUACGAAAAUAAUGAAACUAUUGAUGGAGCUAAUACUACUGACGAUAAUAAUAAAAAAAGUACGGAUUCUAGUACGGAUAACGAGAAAAUGGAUAGAAAAAAAAAAAAAAAACACACUAGUGAUAAGUACACAAAAAAGGGACACAGAAGGGAUCGAGGAAACCAUAGCGAUGAUUCAUAUUCUGACAGAAUGGAAACCAGUAGUAACAGUAGUAGUCAAAGUAGAAGAAAGAAUCGUCAUUCUAAAAAUGAUAAAAUUGGAAAAUCCAAAGGAAAGAAGGAUAAAUAUGAGGACAGAUAUUCUUCUGAUAGCAAUUCAGAGAAAAGUGAUAGCGAGAGAAAAAAACGAAAAAGCAGCAGAAAGCGAAAUGAUGAUAAGUAUAGUAAAAAAAGAAAAAACCCAUACAAAGAUUAUGAUAAUGAUGACGACGAAAGAGAAGAAAGUAGUCGAAGUAACAGCGAAGGAACUACUACAAUUGUGACAAAUAAGAAAAUGAAGUUGGUAGUUAAAAACGUAGAAUGUGGAAUGCUACCACUUUUGCAUAACUACCCAUUAUACACUGAAAGAACAAUCAAUGGUAUUCAAUUAUAUCACGCACCUUAUCCCUUUAAUAAAAAAUGUGGUUAUACUAGAAGAGGUAUUGAUAUUCCACUAGUUCAGCAAUGGUUCAAAGAACAUAUAUCUACAAAUUAUCCUGUAAAAGUUCGAGUAUCUUAUCAAAAACUUUUAAAGUGCUGGGUAUUAAACCAUCUUCAUUCUAAAAAACCUAAAAGCAUGAAAAAGAAGUAUUUAUUCAAAAUAUUUAAAAGUACGAAAUUUUUCCAAUGUACUGAAAUGGAUUGGGUAGAAAUUGGUUUACAAGUUUGUAGGCAAGGAUAUAAUAUGUUAAACUUAUUAAUACAUAGAAAAAAUUUAAAUUAUUUACAUUUAGAUUAUAAUUUUAAUUUAAAGCCUGUUAAAACAUUGACUACAAAAGAAAGGAAAAAAUCACGUUUUGGAAAUGCCUUUCAUUUAUGUAGAGAAAUAUUAAGAUUAACUAAAUCGAUUGUUGAUUCACAUGUGCAAUAUAGAUUAGGUAAUAUAGACGCAUAUCAAUUAGCAGAUGGACUACAAUAUAUAUUUGCACAUGUUGGUCAAUUAACUGGUAUGUAUAGAUAUAAAUAUCGAUUAAUGAGACAAGUAAGAAUGUGUAAAGAUUUAAAGCAUUUAAUUUAUUAUAGAUUUAAUACAGGAUCAGUUGGAAAAGGUCCAGGUUGUGGUUUAUGGGCACCUUUAUGGAGAGUAUGGAUAUUUUUUUUAAGAGGUGUUAUUCCAUUAUUAGAAAGAUGGUUAUCCAAUUUAUUAGCUAGGCAAUUUGAAGGAAGAGUUUCUAAAGGUAUUGCAAAAACUGUUACAAAACAAAGAGUUGAAAGUCAUUUCGAUUUAGAACUAAGAGCAGCAGUUAUGCAUGAUAUCAUUGAUAUGAUACCUGCGGGCUUAAAAAAUAAUAAAGGUAAAGCUCGAUUAAUUCUACAACAUUUAAGUGAAGCAUGGAGAUGUUGGAAAGCUAAUAUACCAUGGAGAGUAGUAGGACUUCCAUUACCUGUUGAAAAUAUUAUUAUCAGAUAUAUCAAAUUAAAAUCGGAUUGGUGGAUUAACGCUACAUAUUAUAAUAGAGAAAGAAUAAAAAGAGGUGCAACUGUCGAUAAAACAGUAUGUAAAAAAAAUUUAGGAAGAUUGACCAGAUUGUGGUUAAAAGCUGAACAAGAAAGACAACAUGAAUAUUUAAAAGAUGGACCAUAUGUUUCUGGAGAAGAAGCCGUAGCUUUAUAUACUACUGCAAUACAUUGGUUUGAAUCACGAAAAUUUACACAUAUUCCUUUUCCUCCAUUGAAUUAUAAACAUGAUACAAAAUUGUUAAUUCUGGCAUUAGAAAAAUUAAAAGAAACUUUUACAGUAAAAAAUAGAUUAAAUCAAUCACAAAGAGAAGAGUUGGGUUUUAUCGAACAGGCGUAUGAUAAUCCCUAUGAAACAUUAUCACGCAUAAAAAGACAUUUAUUAACCCAACGGGCUUUUAAAGAAAUAUCGAUAACAUUUUUAGAUCUUUAUACCCACCUAGUGCCAGUAUAUGAAGUCGAUCCUUUAGAAAAAAUAACCGAUGCAUAUUUAGAUCAAUAUUUAUGGUAUGAAGGAGACUUGCGAAAUUUAUUUCCAAAUUGGGUUAAACCUUCUGAUAGUGAGCCACAGCCAUUAUUGGUUUAUAAAAUGUGUCAAGGGAUAAAUAAUCUUCAUAAUAUUUGGGAAACCAAAAAUAAUGAAUGCGUUGUCAUGUUACAAACACAGUUUAGUAAAAUUUAUGAAAAAAUAGAUUUAACGUUAUUAAAUAGGCUACUUCGACUAAUUGUUGAUCAUAAUAUAGCAGAUUAUAUUACGGCAAAAAAUAACACUAAUAUUACAUUUAAAGAUAUGAAUCAUAUUAAUUCAUUUGGUAUAAUAAGGGGUUUACAAUUUUCUUCAUUUGUUUUUCAAUAUUAUGCUAUAAUAAUUGAUCUAUUAAUUUUAGGUCUUACUAGAGCAUAUGAUAUAGCAGGCCCAUACAAUGACGUUAAUCAAUUCUUAAGCUUUCAAAAUGUUAAUAUCGAAACUAGGCACCCAAUUAGAUUAUACUGCAGAUAUGUUGAUAAAAUUUGGAUACUUUUUAAGUUUAAUAAUGAUGAAUCAAAAGAUUUAAUUCAAAAAUUCUUAACAGAAAAUCCUGACCCAAAUAAUGAAAAUGUUGUUGGAUAUAAUAAUAAAGCAUGUUGGCCAAGAGAUUGUAGAAUGAGAAAAAUGAAGCAUGAUGUUAAUUUAGGUAGAGCCACCUUUUGGGAAAUACAAAAUAGAAUACCACGAUCGUUAACUUCAUUAGAUUGGGAUCAUUAUAACACAUUUGUUAGUGUAUACUCUAAAGAUAACCCUAAUUUGCUUUUUUCAAUUGCUGGGUUUGAGGUACGUAUACUUCCAAAAAUUAGGCAACUAAGUUAUGGAAUAAACAUGUACACAUCUUACAUAAAUGAUUAUUCCGGAAAAGGAAAUUCAGGAGCAAAUGCAUCAAACACUGAAGCAUCAAAUGCAUAUGAAAAGAAUGUUGUAAUUUCUUCUGGGACCAAAGAAGGAACCUGGAAAUUGCAAAAUGAAGUAACAAAAGAAAUCACAGCAGAAGCAUAUUUAAAAGUGUCAGAAAAAAGUAUGAAACGAUUUGAAAAUAAAAUAAGACAAAUUUUAAUGUCAUCAGGAAGUACAACAUUUACUAAAAUUGCUAACAAAUGGAAUACAUCGCUAAUAGGUUUAAUGACAUAUUUUAGAGAAGCUGUUUUAGAUACAGAAGAAUUAUUAGAUUUAUUAGUAAAAUGUGAAAAUAAGAUACAAACACGUAUCAAAAUUGGUUUAAAUUCUAAAAUGCCUUCUAGAUUUCCUCCUGUUGUUUUUUAUACGCCUAAAGAAUUAGGAGGAUUAGGAAUGUUAUCUAUGGGACAUAUUUUAAUACCUGAAUCAGAUUUAAGAUAUAUGAAACAAACAGAUAAUGGAAGAAUUACACAUUUCAGAGCAGGUUUAUCACAUGAAGAAGAUCAAUUAAUACCUAACUUAUAUAGAUAUAUAUCAACUUGGGAAAGUGAAUUUUUAGAAAGUCAAAGAGUAUGGUGUGAAUACGCAUUAAAAAGAAGUGAAUGCCAUAAUCAAAAUAAAAAAAUAACUUUAGAAGAUUUAGAAGAUUCAUGGGAUAAAGGUAUUCCAAGAAUUAAUACACUUUUCCAAAAAGAUAGGCAUACCUUAGCAUAUGAUAAAGGCUGGAGAAUAAGGCAAUUAUUUAAACAAUAUCAAAUUAUCAAAAGUAAUCCCUUUUGGUGGACUAAUCAAAGACAUGAUGGAAAAUUAUGGAACUUAAGUAAUUAUAGAACAGACAUGAUACAAGCAUUAGGAGGAGUUGAAGGAAUAUUAGAGCAUACAUUAUUUAAAGGAACAUUUUUUCCAACUUGGGAAGGGUUAUUUUGGGAAAAAGCUAGUGGUUUUGAAGAAUCUAUGAAAUAUAAAAAAUUAACAAACGCUCAAAGAAGUGGUUUAAAUCAAAUACCAAAUAGAAGAUUUACACUUUGGUGGUCUCCAACAAUAAAUAGAGCAAAUGUAUAUGUUGGUUUCCAAGUCCAAUUAGAUUUAACUGGUAUAUUUAUGCAUGGAAAAAUACCAACUCUUAAAAUUUCUUUGAUACAAAUAUUUAGGGCACACUUAUGGCAAAAAAUACAUGAAUCGUUAGUUAUGGAUUUAUGCCAAGUAUUUGAUUUAAAUUGUGACUUAUUAGAUAUUGAAACUGUUCAAAAAGAAACUAUCCAUCCAAGAAAAUCAUAUAAAAUGAAUAGUUCAUGUGCAGAUAUAUUGCUUUUUGCUAAUUAUAAAUGGGGUAUAUCAAAACCAUCUCUAUUAUCUGAUGAAGAUAACAUUUUUGCCAAUAAUCCUGAGAUUAAAGGUACUAACUUUAAUUCUUUUGCUAAUUAUCCAUACACUUCUAAUCAGUAUUGGAUAGAUAUACAACUCAGAUGGGGGGAUUUUGAUUCGCAUGAUAUUGAAAGAUAUAGUCGAGCUAAAUUUUUAGAUUAUACUACAGAUAAUUUGUCUAUAUAUCCAUGCUUAACUGGAGUAUUAAUUGGUGUCGACUUAGCAUAUAAUUUAUAUUCAGCAUAUGGAAAUUGGUUUAAUAAUUUAAAACCACUAAUGCAAAAAACCUUACAAAAAGUUAUACAAUCUAAUCCAUCUUUAUAUGUAUUAAGAGAAAGAAUACGAAAAGGGCUACAAUUAUACUCUUCGGAACCUACUGAACCAUAUUUAAAUACACAAAAUUAUAAUGAGUUAUUUUCUUCACAAACUAUUUGGUUUGUCGACGAUACAAAUGUAUAUAGAGUUACAAUACAUAAAACAUUUGAAGGAAAUUUAACUACUAAGCCAAUUAAUGGUGCUAUAUUUAUAUUAAAUCCAAAAACUGGUCAAUUAUUUUUAAAAAUUAUUCAUACAUCUGUGUGGAUAGGACAGAAACGUUUAUCGCAAUUAGCAAAAUGGAAGACUGCAGAAGAAGUAGCUUCUUUAAUUAGAUCACUCCCUAUUGAAGAACAACCAAAACAAAUUAUCGUCACAAGAAAAGGUAUGCUAGAUCCAUUAGAAGUUCAUUUACUCGAUUUUCCAAAUAUCAUAAUAAAAGGAACAGAACUUAACUUACCAUUUCAAGCAUUAUUAAAAUUGAAUAAAAUUGGAGAUCUAAUAUUAAAAGCUACACAGCCACAAAUGUUAUUAUUUAAUUUAUAUGAUGAUUGGUUAAAUAAUAUAUCAUCCUUUACAGCUUUUAGUAGAUUAAUAUUAAUUUUGAGAAGUUUACAUAUAAAUCCACAAGAAACUAAAAUAUUAUUACAACCAAACAAAAAUAUAAUAACACAACCACAUCAUAUUUGGCCAUCAUUUAAUAACAAUCAAUGGAUUAAUUUAGAAGUCCAAUUAAAAGAUUUAAUCCUAAAUGAUUAUGCUAAAAGAAAUAAUGUGCAUAUUGCUUCGUUAACACAAAAUGAAAUCAGAGACAUUUUAUUAGGUAUGGAAAUUACUCCACCAUCUAUACAAAGACAACAAAUAGCCGAAUUAGAAAAAACAAAUCUAGAUAAUAUAGAACAACAAAUGAAAGUUACUACAUCGAAAACUACUACUAAGCAUGGAACAGAAAUUAUUGUGUCAACAUUAUCACCCCAUGAACAACAAACCUUUACAACAAAAACUGAUUGGAAAAUUAGGUACUUAUCUAAUAAUUCCUUAUUAUUUAGAACAAAAAAUAUAUACGUAAAUAAUGCUUCUAGUGCAAUUACUUCAAAACAAGAUCCUCUAAAUUCUGGGUCAAUGAAAAACACUACCAUUAGCUCAAUAAACGAUUAUACAUAUGUUAUAGCAAAAAAUUUAUUAGAAAAAUUUAUUUGUAUAUCCGAUUUAAAGAUUCAAAUUGGUGGGUUCUUAUAUGGUUCAUCUCCACCCGAUAAUUCAUAUGUUAAAGAAAUUAAAUGUAUACUUAUCCCACCCCAAAUAGGAAAUUAUCAAUCUGUGACUUUAUCCAAUUAUUUACCCACUAAUAAAUAUAUAGAAAACCUAGAGUUACUUGGCUGGAUUCAUACAGAAACUACUAAUUGCUCAAACACUAGUAAUCAUUUGACUACAUAUGAUAUGGUCUCACAUUUAUCAUUUUUUCAAGAAUUUAAAAUGAAAAAAAAAUCAGACCAGUCAAAAGAAAAUUAUUCAGAUGACGAUAUGGACGGAAAUGCAAAUAAUGAUGACAAUUCUGUUGAUCCAUCAAAAAUUUGGGAUAAAAAUAAAACAAUUAUACUUACGUGCUCAUUUACUCCUGGUAGCUGUACUAUCAAUGCCUACAAAUUAACCGAAGAGGGAUAUGCAUAUGCAAAAAGCAAAAAAAAUUCAGCAGAGUUAUACUCAUAUCCAAAUAUUGCUAACCUAUAUGAACAAGUUCAAAUUUUAUUGUCAAAUGUAUUUGUUGGAUUCUUUUUAGUACCUGAUGAUAAUAUAUGGAAUUAUAACCUUAUGGGAAUUAAAUUUAACAAUAAUCACAAAUACGCAGCUCAGCUUGAUAUGCCACAACCAUUUUAUGCAGAUAUACAUAGACCAAACCAUUUCUUGCAAUUCUCUUUGCUUGAGCAACAAGAAGGGGAUGCAGCCGAUGUUGAGACAUCCUUUAUUUGA